GUAAACUGAUAGAUCUUCCUUGGACAAAAUCUACUUCCGAUAAUGUUGAUUCCCUUCUGUCUGAAUUCUCUCUAGUGUAAAAAAUAUUCUCUUGAAUCCUUGGUUUUCCAUAGCGUGUGUGUAUUGAUUUACAAAUAUAGAAUCUACAGAAAACAAGAUUGAGGGUGCAAAAAUGAAAAUAUAUUCAGAAUUGAGGGAGCAAUUUGUUACAUUUCCUCUUUCCAGUCUAUGUAUAUAUCUCGCAAGAGGAAAGCUGAAGAAAAGCAAAACCCUAGAAAAUAAAUAAUAUUCCGUGGCGCCUGCGGCAGAGAUCAAUGACGAUACCGGAUCUCUGUAACGAUUUGGUCGAUGAGAUACUCUGUCGCGUUCCGGCGAGGAAUCUGAAACGGUUACGAUCUACCAGCAAACGAUGGAACCGUUUAUUCAAAGAUGAUAGGAGAUUCGCAAGAGAGCACAUGCAUAAAGCCCCAAAGGAGUAUCUACCUCUCAUGUUGACAAGCGAGUACAGGAUCUGUCCGGUGAGCAUCAAUCUCCAAGGAGAUGUUCCUUCUGUAGUGUUAAAGAGAGAGCUUAGCCUACCAGAUCCGGAUUAUUCACAUCAAUUCGAUAUAGGUCGAGUCUUUCACUGCGACGGCUUAUUGGUAUGCAACCACGUAGGCAAGAAUCCCCGAUACGGAUCUAAAAUCGUGGUUUGGAACCCGCUGACUGGUCAAACCAGGUGGAUCGAAGCCGGCUAUCGUUGGAAGGAAUACGAAGUCAGAUUUGUUCUCGGAUACUGCUACCAGCAAGACGAGAACAAUUCCUGCAGUAAAAAAAUCUACAAAAUUUUGUGUUUUUAUCCUAAUGGCCAAGAUACAGAAAUCUACGAGCUUAACUACUCUGAUAGGUGGACAAGGACGAUUCCUGAUGGUGAUCUCACUCCAGGCUGGACCUUGAUAUACUCAGAGCAGACCGUGUCUAUGAAUGGAAAUCUUUACUUGUUUGCUUCGGAGAAAUCAAAACCCCAUCUUGGCGUGUCCUUGCUCAGAUUUGAUUUCUCAACAGAGAAAUCAUCUCUAUGUGUGACUCUUCCCUAUCAGCGUCCAAGGUAUGAAAUUUUGAGUAUUUCCGCCGUUAGAGGAGGAGAGAAUCUUUCUCUGUUGUUGCAGCUCGAUUUUGAAUCUAAGACUGAGAUAUGGGUGACGAAUAAGAUUGAUGACACCACCACCAAAGGAGCAGCAGUCUCUUGGACCAAGGUCCUAGCAUUUGAUUUAAGCCCUGAUCUUCAAUUAUUUUCGGAGGAGGUAAAUUUUUUGCUUGACGAGGAUAAGAAAGUCGCUGUGUGUUGUGAGAGAUGGUUGGAACCGCAAGAGCACCACAGGUACCAGUGCAGGAGAGAGUACAAGAUCACCGACAAGAUAUACAUUCUCGGGGAGGAUAAUAAAGUCGAUGAAGUAGGUUCUGGAGAGGGAGAGGCUACAGAUUCACUUGAAGGAAUUUCGCAAGUUAUUCUCAAUUACGCUCCAAGUUUGGUCCAAAUCGAGCAAGCCGGAGGAGGCAAAACAAAAAGAGGUGACGACUAAAACAACCUCUACAUGUAAUAUUAGUUUUUUGUGUUUUUCUUAAUUUAUUUUUGUCAUAUUUUUUGAAUAAUCCCCUGAUCGAGCGACCUGGAAGUAGAAGAGGCCCUUAAAUUUUCUUGUUCAUGUUCUUUGAAUAAUCCUUUGAACUGAUAUCUCAAUAAGAUUGUAAUAUUGUAGUUGUCCCUUGCUUGAUUUACACACGGUUUUCUUUUUUUUUUAAGUUUUAUGAUCAAAACAUGUCUGGUACAGUAUAUGUCUAGAGAACAAGUGUUGUGUCUAAAACUUCAACCAUUUCUAAUUCAAUGACAAAAGUAACUCAUGUUCGAAGCUC